AUGGCCCUUGGACCUCUAGCAGCAACAUGUGCAUCUUUGGACAUGCUCACCACCAUUCACUCCAGCCCAUUGCUGAGGGAGCUGCUACCAGAUAUCCUCUGUGCUCUUCUGGGGCCCCUGGUUUCAGAUGUAGUCACACACCUCAGGCCCUUCUUCAACCAUGAUGAUGACAAUAUCUUAAUGGCUUUCGCCCUCUUUAGCACCCUGGAAGGCUGCAUGAAAAUAAGAUGGCAAGCCUAUUAUAGGAGCCAGGUGAGGCAGAGCUUGGCAAUGCUCCUGUUUCACCUGAAGGACCCCAACCUGCAGGUGGCCAAGGAGUGCAGAACAACGUCAGGCCUCUGCUCCCCUUACCUGGGCCUAAGCAGGGUGCAGGAAGCCCUGACCUUCCAUGUCCAGGGGUCAGAACAGGUGAAACAAGAGCAGUUGCUGAGAGACACCUGCAGGCACUUGGCCAAAGAAAAACCUGCUCUCCUGGAAGGUCUCUGCAAGGCAGCCCAGAGGCACUACAUGAGCCUGUGGCCAGAGAUCUGGGUGGCAGCCAUCAAAUUUACAGGUAUCCAUAUUCUAGCUGUAUUGGCCUAG